ACAACACGUAACGCGUUGUUUGCAGAUGUAUCGCCAUAUUGUAUAUUUAACGCGGGUCACUGGCGCGUGUAUGGCCUUUUCAUAAGAUUUUCUGCUGAAUAAAAGCGUGUGCAUUGACAAGAACCGUGAAAUAUAACACGCGAUGGAUCCGGAAAAGUUAAAAGUGGUCGAAUUACGGACAGAACUCUCAAAGCGUGGACUCGAUACGAAAGGCGUCAAGUCAGUGCUUGUUGAGAGACUUCGUAAGGCGAUAGAAGAGGAAAAUGCAAACCAAGUAAAUCAAGGAAAAGCAAAUAUCAGUGCAGAAGACACACAAGAUGAUGCAGUUCAAGAAAAAAAUGAUGAAUCGACAAAAAUACCACAGACACCAAAAAAGUCUAGUAGAUUGUCAAAAACAGCAUCUGUGAUGACACCAAAGGAAGAUUCUACAAAAAAAUCCUCUAGGAGGACUACUAGAAUUCCAUACUCUAGUAGGCGGAGGACAUCUCCAAAGAAAGCAGAUCAGAAUGACAUGUCUCGUGAACCAUCUCCAACAGUAUCUGAAUCUGCUAUGCAAGAGGAAACUAUGCCAGAUGAAAGUGGUACGCAAGAAGAAAUAUCUAUGCAGGAAGAAUCUGUACAAAUAGAGGCUCCUGUCCAAGAAGAAAAGCCCUUAUCACCUAAAAAGGAUGAACAAGAAGAAACAAAAGAUUUAUUUUCAAGUGUAGAAAAUAAAGAUGCUAAUUCUAUGGAAGUUGUAAAAGACGAUGAUAUAAAGGAUGCAGAUGUUAUAGAAAGCAGUGAGAAAGAAAAAAACACGAGUAUAUCACAAGCAUCUCCCGUGAAAUCACAAAAUGUUGAAUAUAGUGAUAUUGAUGUUCCAACAUCAAUGGAAUCAUUAGAUAAUAAAAAUGAAACAGAUCUAAAACAAGGACCAACAGUGAUCAAAUCAAACUUAGAAGCAGUAGAAAACACACAUAUAAAAGAAAGUGAGAAUAUUGUUUCAAAAGUACAAGAAAAUGAGAAAUCAACUACAAUUUAUGACGCAUGCGAUGAUAUAGAUGAUAUAAAAAAAGAAGUUAAUGAAACAAAGGAUGAAAAUAUAGAAUCUGUAGAUAAUGAUCAUGUUGUAGAAUCUGUUAAUGAUACUAAAACUACUGACAUUCCUGACCCAGAACAACAAAUAAAUGAGUUACUUGAAGAAGAUCAAGACAUAGAUAUCAAUGAAAAUGAUGAAUUAAAAGAGGAGAAGUUACUAGAAGAUAAAGACAUCUUGUCUACUAGCGACAAAGAGAUGGACAGUAGCAUCGAGAAAAAGCAAGAUGAAGAGGAUAUAGAAAUGUCAGAAGUUAGACACGAAGAAGAUGCUGAUGUAGAUAUCAAAGAACAAGAUACAAACGACAUUGUUAUGGAUAGGAAGCGGAAAAGAUCUCCUAGCCCUAUAGAAGAUCGACACGAGUCGCCGGCUCCUGUUCUCAUCGAGAAUGAACCAGAAAUCGACGAUUCUGCUUUGAUACUAUCCUGGUAUGACUCAGAUUUAAAUUUGGUUAUUGAUAAGGAUGGAUAUUUUACUGCUACACCUAUGCACAACGACGGAUUUUCACAUAUGUGGGCUGGAGCAAGAGCAUCCUACGGUUUUCUUUGUGGAAAGGUUUACUAUGAAACAAAAAUAGUGGAACACUGUACUAUUAAUUCAGGAAACGAAGAGCAUCCACAUGUACUCAGAAUUGGUUGGUCCACUCCUUAUACUUCAAUGCAACUUGGUGAAGAAAAAUUUAGUUUUGGAUAUAGCAGCACUGGUAAAAAAUUGGCGGAUAAUCAAUACGAAGAUUAUGGGCUUGAAUUUGGAAAAGACGAUAUAAUCGGUUGUUAUUUGGAUGCUACAUCCGAAAAUGUUAUUAUGUCUUAUACAGUCAACGGAAAAGAUCAAGGCGUAGCAUUUCGUAUCUCAAAAGAAGAACUCAAUGACAAACCAUUGUUUCCACAUAUUUUGAGUAAAAAUUGUAGCUUCGCUUGCAAUUUUGGUCAGGAAACACCAUGGACAGAAGUAAUUUUACAAGAUUACGUUUCAAUCGGAAAUGUGGAAUCUCAAUAUAAAACUCCUGGUCCGCGAAGGCCAGAGAGGAAAGACGAAUGUGAAGUAAUAAUGAUGUGCGGAUUACCUGCUUGCGGGAAAUCUACCUGGGCAACACAGUACGCGGCUGAACAUCCUCAAAAGAUGUACAAUAUCUUAGGACUCAGUAGUCUAAUUAAUAAAAUGAAGGAUCCCGGAUUAUCGUAUAAAGAAGGGUAUAACGAACAAUGGAGAAUACUUAUCGAUAAAUGUACUGACGCAUUAGAUAGACUGACGGAAAUGGCUUCUAGUAGAAGGCGUAAUUAUAUAUUAGAUCAGACAAAUGUGUAUCCUUCGGUACAACGACGUAAAAUGAAGAAUUUCUGUGGGUAUCAAAGAAAGGCAGUAGUUGUAGUUCCAUCAGAAGACGAAUUUAAGUCACGAACUGUCAAACAUAAACCAAUAGAUAGUAAAGAGAUUUCUGAUUCUAUGCUUUUGGAGAUGAAAGCGAGUUUUAGAGCUCCCGUUGUUGGCGAGUCUUUCGAUGUCGUUGAUUGGGUUGAACUUAAUCGAGAAGAAGGUGAAAAACUUGUAGAAACCUAUAAUAAAGAGGGAAAAGAUGCAGGGUAUGGUGAACAAAAAAGAAGUAAACGAGCACGUAUAGAUUCGAGGUCAGAAAGCAUUCAUGAAAAUCGAGGUGAUAUAAGAAGUAAUCGUGAUAAUAGGGAUAAUCGAGAUUAUCGUGACAGACGAAGUAAUUAUUCCGACAGGAAUCGUAAUCCUCUUUGGCGAGGUAAUGUGGGAUGGAGAGAUAGACCACAAAGAGGAGGUGGCCACAUACGACACGGCAGUGGUUACGGACCCCCCAUGCCACGAAGAAGAAGAGGUGUACCUAUCCCACUUGUACACCGAGGAAUGAAUAGAAGAGGUGGUACUGUUGAUAGAAGAGGAGGAAACGACAGAGGUCGAGCUUUAGGUUCUCGUCAAGGUGCCCGGUCAAGAGCUCCAAUAGGGAAUUAUCAAGUUUCACAACAAUCCGUGUGGAGUCAACAAGGCAACUGGCCAAGUGGUCAAUCUCAAGAAGGUUGGGGUCAACAAAAUAAUUGGGGAUCGCAACCGUGGGGUAACUGGAAAAGCUAUGGACAAGGAUCCUACAAUCAAAGCAAUUAUAAUCAACAAGGUUAUGGUAACGGAAAUUGGAAUAGUUGGAAUCAGCAGUAUUAUAAUCAGUAUUGGGGCCAGCAGCAACAGAGUGGACAAACUACGACAAGUAGCGGGCAGACUACAAACAAACAAUAAUCUACUAGGAUAUAUGUCACAAGAGUGGAAUAGCUGAACGAACAGCACAACUGCUUUAUCUAACGAUUCCACAAUGGGACUUAUUCUCCAAAUUGGCGAGAAAUAAAUGAAAACUUCAAACUCUAGUGUCAUCGAUACCAUCGAACAUCGGUACUGAUUACACAUAGAUAGAUGGACAAAUUUUUCCACGACAAUAUAUUCACAAUUUUUGUUCGUAUAUUUUGCAAUGUACGAAUUCCAAAGUUAUCUACCGCGUUUUUAUAACUCGAGCAACAACUUAGAUUUUAUCGAGUGAAGGCACCGUUACACAUGCACCACAUGGAAUUAUUUUGCAUUGCAGAAGGCAAUUAUUAAACGAAUUAUAAUAUUACAUAAUUGCAAUUGGAGAUUGAUCAUCGGAAAAAGGCAUCUAAUGAAGAAAACGUAUUUGUAUUAAAUACGUAGUUCUUAAAUAAUUUCAAAUCAAAAAGGGGGUAACGUAUAAAUAACAUCUUGUAACAUCUUUUAAACGAAAAAUCGAUCAAGAGGAAGGAUGUCACGUAUGGGUACAUUAUACAAUUAGCAUUAAGAUUAAAAUACUUGAAAUGAAUAAUCGCUCUCAAAACAAAUACGUGUAAAUAUGUACAGAUUUUCAAACGUAUUACACCGAACGUUUACUGGAAGUCUGUUUAUAUAUUGAUAGUUAAAAUACCAUGUAAUAAAAAAAAGAUAUUUGUUCCCGACAAAACACGAGAGUGAUAUUGUAUAUGAUUUUGUCUUAUCUUUCUAUACUAAUGACAAUGUACAAAAAAGGAAAAUAUCGUAUCACGAAUAAAUUAUUAUUGAAUUUGAUUUAUAUGUACGCGCAUUUUAUUGAACUGAUAAUAUCACCAGAUUAUGUUUUCGAGAAUUGAAUGUUAUAUUUUGUAACGUUACUCUAUAAUCAAGGAUAUGCGAUUGUUACCCGACGUACUUCCUCCUGUUCCUUCGUUUUGUCAUUAUCACCAAUGUCUUUCAUCUUAUUCAUUAAUUCCCCUUAUUUCUUUUUUUCUCUUCCCCUCCAUCCCCAUUCUAUCUUUUCUUCGUUUUGUUAUAUUUUCUCUUGUUGCAACAAACUGAAGAAUAAAGCAACAGUACUCGUUCUAGUUUAUGCUCGUUAUUUCAAUCGUACUGAAAAACCGCUUUCUCGUAGUUACAGGAUGAUUGUCUUUGUACCUCCUUUUUCUAAAAUACUUUGUACAGUUUGCGAGAUUUCGAAUUAAGGUGCUCAUCGAACAUUCAACAAUUAUGAUAAAGUUUGCAAGAAUGAAAGUUGAAAGUACGAGGAAGCUCCGUCACCGCACACUACCAUACGGCUAGAAGUCGAUCAAGAUCAAACGAUAACAUGUAAUAACAUUAAAUCGUAAGUCAAUGAACAAAAUUUCUUUUCUUAUACGGUCGAAUAAGAAUAAUUUCGCAGAAUUUAUUCUUAAUCGACGAGUUUACUUGUUGACGAAAGUGUACAAACUUAUUCAUAAAAAUAAAAAAUAUCUUCUAUUUA